ACUAUUUUAAUGAAGCCCACUCAGUUUUCUUUAAGUCGUACUUUGUUAAUGGUGGCUAUACUGCAUUUUUUAUUGCGAUACGUUAUUGGAUAAUCAUAAUUUCUUUCCCUACCGGUGGCGCACUACUGCAGAAUCAGACCGACGCGUGGAGGAAGAGGAGAGUUUAAAUUCGGUUUUAGCCAGCCCUACGUCAGCCCUCCAGCAUGAAACUCUCUUUUAUCUUUGAGCUGCUCCUAGUUUUUGUUUUAAUAGCUUUCGCCGCAUCGGCCGCAGUUAUAGAUAAAAGUCAUCUGGAAAAGUCCAGGAGAAGAAUAAUAGCGAAGAAAAAUGGAAAAGUUCCUACGAAACGACAAGAAUCGACCACUAACAGAUUUUGUACUUGUUCGACUCGAAUGUGUAACUGCUGUCGAGAAUUUAAUAUACCUGUUGUCGCCUUAAGAGGUCCAGGAUGUGCAGCUUUACAAUAUCUUACUGGGGAUCGAUUAGCUAUUUCGAUGAGCUUUGGCGAACGAGUCCUGACAAAUACAACUAUUUCUAGUAGAAGACCUGAUCCAAUUUGCAUGCCUCUACCAGGAGGAGUCUCAAAGUUCUGUGGAAGGGUCUACAAUAUUGGUAGAAAAGGAGAUAACUUCAAUGCGUGCCUUGGGUUGGAACUAAGAUCAUUGAACGACGUUGAAGCUGCCAUGCGAGUAUCUUGUUUCCGUUUUGGGCCUGAAGGCUUGAAACUGGAACCUCCACAGCCCUUACCUGUCAUAGAAGAUGAAGAUGAUGACGAUGAUGAUGAUGAUGACGAUGAUGACGACGACGACGAUUUCGAUUUUGAUGACGACGAUGAUGAUGAUGAAGAUGAUGACUCGGAAAACGACGUAGAUUCACCCAGCUACUCCUCUUUCAGUGUUCUUGAUGACGAUUUUAUUGGAGGAUACUUUGGCGGUAGCUCGUCCUCGGCAUCAUCUUCAGGCACCAAAAAAAGAAAAACUACAACAACACCUAAGCCACCAAUCAGACGAAGGAAGCCAGUUUCUACAAAACCUUUAAGAAAGAAGGCUACAUCCAAACCAACUAUUAAAGUUACAACAAAAUCUCCUUUAACUAAAGUACAAUCUACUGUAGCUCCAAUUAUCCCUGAAAUGAACAUUACUACAACAAAUGUGACUGAAUCACUAAUUGACUCUAUGAAUACUACUAAAUCUUCACCAAACAAUACAGAAGAUAAUAAUAUCGAAUUAAACUCAAUUCAACAGACUGAUAUGCCUCUAGACACUACAACAAUUACAACAAUUGCAACUGAACCAACGGAAGUUAGUAGUACAGAGUCCUUGAUCAUUAAGGACAGUCAAGAAGAUGACCCUUUAGCUGAGGCAGUGGAAGAUGCUAUUAAUGACGAGGAAAGUGGUGAAAAUACAAAGAAUAGUGAGGAAGAUAGUGACGAGGAAAGUGAUGAGUCAAGUGAAGAAGAGAGUACAGAAAAAGUAGCAACUGAAUCCACUACAGUAAAAGCUACAGCAGAAAAAGAAGGAAAAGAUAUAUUUGACGAUAUUGCUGAUGGGGUUGCUGAGACAUUUGAUGAUGCCGAUGAUGAUGACGAGAGCAGCGAAAAAGACGAUGAGGAAGAUGAUGAUGAUGACGAAUUAUUUAGAAGUUUUAAACAUUCUCAAAAGAAAAGAAGCUAGGCGUCUAUAUUUAUUGUUUAUAAAGAUAAAAGUAUUUUAAUGAUAUAAACAAAAAGUUAAUUUCUUUGUAGUGCCAAAUUUUAUGUAUCCCUGAAAUUGUAUCGUUUGAUGUAAUUUAACAAAAACAUAACCCGUAAAAUAUGAAAAGCCAUCUUAAACUUUUUGGUUAAUAUCAUUAAAAUUAUAUUUAUAUUUUUUAUAUCCUUAUUCCUCAAAUGCUCUUUCUACCUGACGUUAUUUAUUAAUUAAUUAAUUUAUUUAUUUAUUUUUUUACUUUAGAAAAUCUACCAGUUGUAAAU